AUGACCGUCGCAUGGAACCCCCAGCUAGUCGAAGAGCUGCUCUUCCGGCAGUACAUCAAGGGCGAGGAUGUUUCCAUGCUACUUCCUCCACCACCAGCUUUGGAAGCCGACCAGUACAUGGAUAAGUACGAGCAGAGCACCAAGAUUUUGUCUUCAUACGUUCGGAAUGGGCCUGCAGCGACCCUAUCGUCUCAAAAUGUCAAUACUGCAUCGAGGAUUUACGGCGCCACACCUGUGAAAGGGCACACAUCGCUCUCUCGGUUUGCCAACGCGCCUCCAGCCGCGGCAGUUCCGGCUGCGGAUCCCAGAGCACAGGUGAACCGCACUCCCAACGGAAAGGAACUCUUCUCCGCGGUGGUGGACUCACCGAUUCCGACUGCACCCAAUGCAUCGGCACGACAAGGAAAAGCCCCCUCACCUGCACAGGUGAGGAAAAAUCGGGUGGAAUGGCCUUCCUCCGUGCCCACCAACGCGUCUCUUAAGAGCUCAAGUCGAUCAAAAGUGGCGCAUUUGACGGCAAAGCGUGUGGCCGCUCAAGAAACAGUGGAUCCGGAUCUGAUCUUCGCUCAGAACUCUGGAGAGCUUCCCUUACACGCCAUAUUUGCGAAAUUUCCCAAGGCCCUUGAUACCCUUGCAGCCAUUCGUGGCGCAAGUGGGGACUGGCGGAACGACACUUUUACUACAGAAGAGGAAAAUCAAUACAAGCGUGAGUUGGGCUUUGUGCAUGUGGGGCCCAGUCAGUGCACCUUCAGUGGAUCGAAUCUCUUACACAAGUAG